GACGACGACGACAACGACAGCGACGACGGCGACGCUGGUCUCUGAUUCUCUCUCUCUCUCUCUCUCUUUCUCGAGCAGUGCUCGUCUCGUCGACGUGAUAACGCGACGUGCUUGUCACGCCAGCAUCUUCAUUUCCCCGAGCGAAUCGACGUCGCGUGCGCGUGAACAAGUGGGACGCCGCUCUGCUAUUCGCAGGUGCAGGAGCAGAUGCGAUCGAAAGUCGACCGAAUCGGAAAGUGCACCGGUGUCGCCAGUUUCGCCGAUUGCACCCCCAUACGUGAGAAUUUAUUCGGGGGAUGAAGAUUCAUUCGUUUCGGAGUACCGCACCGAUGCGCUGCCCGGUGCUUUUGCCGGAUUUCUCUUUCCGAGAUACUUGAAUAAAAUUUACGUAGUUCUGUGUUAUCAGUGAGGUGUGAGAAAUUUAAAUCUUCCUCAAGACUAUUGCAAGAACUACUAUUAAAAACGUUAUAUACUUUCGCUUCAAGUGCCACUUCACGAAUAUUACUACUGUAAGUUUUACGGGAGUGUUGUGAGAAUUUAUCCUAGGAGAUUCCAUUAUAAAAUAAAUCAUUUCGUUACAAGAUUAAUAGUCGAUCAAAUCGAUUAGCUAACCCACUUGGGAACUGGAGUACCUCGCUUAAAUCGUGUCCUUUGACCUAUCUGAUUUGGGAGAGUUUAUUGAUAAUAUCCCAAUAUAACUCUGGAGUACACAUUGAUCUUUCAGUUAAUCAGCGAUUCCAUAGGUCACAUUAUUUUAACAAGAUAUAAGUAAAAAACUUAAUAAAUAUAAUAAUAAACGUCACUAUUGAUAAAGAAAUAACGUGAAAAUAUUGCUACCUGCACAUUGCGCACCUAAAUUAAACCGUGCACGAAGCGCGAAAGGAGGACCACCUACCAAGAGUUAAGGAGAAACGAGGGGUGGCAAAAAGCAGCGCGCAAAAGGCACGCGCGCGCAAGAUGCAGGAUCAAAGUUGAAAUUCCUCGUGGCGGUGGAGAAGGAGGAGGAGGAGGAAGUCAAAGCGGACGAAGAGAGACCAAGUCGAAAGCUGAAACGAAAGUUUCGACAGAAAGAAACGAGCACGCGGAAAGAGGAGAAGCAACACAAAGGAAGCGGGGGAAAACGCCGGCUGGUUUUGUUAAUCAAAAGAUUUCGAGGCGACGCGUCCGGCUUAAUAACGAGCGAAGGAAGGGCAAGCGUGAAAGGACUCGCGUCGGAGGACCUCCAGUCGUGAAUUGUGUUGCUGGCGCCUAUACUUUUUGUAGGGAGUCCCGACUCUCUGAAUAGGAAGAAAGGAGGAGGAAGCACGAGGAUUCAUUCUGGAGGGAAGUGGUGAAGAGAAGUAAUGAAUAUCAUUGAAUAGUUGUCGAAUGCAAAUGUGUUUACGGAAGAUCGGGAAUUUAAGGAGAAAGAGGAGAAAUUAAGCGUGGAAGUUAGACAUUUGCAAGUUUGAAGGGAAACAUAAAUCGUGCAAUUCCAGCUGCUGGUUCUACGUGAAAACAGAAGAAGAAGCAAGAGUUCAUCUUUUUUGAAUUCGUUCGUGGUGAUUACAAGUAAUAAAAUUAUUUGUCGCUAAUAUAAAUAUAGUAACAACACGUGUGAGUGCAAAAGACGAAAAGUGCAACGUUAUAUAUGGGCGUUGGCGACGAUUGGAUCAAAAUCAGUUACGAGAACUUUGAGAAUGUCUCGAUCUUCCUCCUUUGCGUCGUCGCGAUCGGUCGAGAAAGUGACGCGAUCGAGAUCAUCCUGGAAUCAGGAUAUAUCAUCUCACAAAAAGGACUGCCGUUGAGCCAAAGUCGCACACGCUUCGCUUUUAUUCGGAAAACUCGAAUGCUGCACCCCGUAAGAGGAAAGUGGAUUCGAAACGUUGAGCGCGGCUGACGCGAUACUUGAACUUUAUUUCUCGAUAACAAGCCGAUAUCGAGAUGCACUGCGCAUCGAAAUACGUAUUUUUCACGAGUUUGCUGAUGGUGCUAAGGACUCGUCCAAUGGAUGUAGCUGCAGAAGAGCCACCAGAAUUCCAGAGCAAAGUACCUGUAAGAUUAAUUUGGGCGAUGGAGGGCGAUAAUGUCGAGCUGCCAUGUGACAUCACACCGCCGACAUCGGAGGAUUCGAUUAAUAUGGUUCUUUGGUUCAAGGAUAGUGUCGGAAUACCACUCUACAGCCUGGAUGCGAGAAAUGGUGUUAAUUUGAGCGCAGCCGUUCAUUGGGCGGUCAGCGACGAUCUCGGAAGCCGAACGUACUUCCAGGUUGGCGAUGGUCACCAGGCGAGGUUGAAAGUCACUGGAGUGAAGCUGAAGGACCAGGGAAUCUUCAGGUGUAGAGUGGAUUUCAUGAAUUCGCCCACGCGUAACUUCCACGUGAACUUGACUCUAGUUGAGCAGCCGACUAGGCCUGUGAUAUAUGAUGCCCAAGGACGAGAGGUAACGGGGGUGGGUGGUCCGUUUCUGGAGGGUUACAACCUUGCUCUGACAUGUCAAGUGUCAGGAGGUAGACCCAGGCCGAUAGUAACAUGGUGGAGGGACAACGAAAUGUUAGAUGGUGUGGUCGACACCUCGCCUAUCGGCUCGUCCAGUAGAUUUACGGUGAACCACCUGUUCAUCGACCGGGUCAUCAGGUCACUGUGGGGAACGAAGCUUGAGUGCAGGGCACAGUCUGAACCAAUGGAGAAACCUAUCGUCCGCGAAGUGCCUCUCGACAUAUAUCUUAAGCCGGCGAUCGUAAAGAUCAUGCUAAGCGAGGAUCAGAUCUUCGCUGGUCGUCCGAUCGCAGCCAGGUGCGAGACUUGGGGUAGUUCUCCAGCGGCCAGGAUCAUCUGGAGACUUGGAGAACAAGUGAUUGGCGACUCCAAUGUGUCUAGCACACAGAGAACUAACUCGACAGUGAGCAAAUUGACUUUGGUGCUCAAUAAGGACGACGAUGGCAAGGAAUUGAUCUGUCGAGCUGAAAAUCCGAGGUUUCCCGGAGGAGUGCUCGAGGAAGCCAAAAUACUCCACAUCGCUUAUGCUCCAGUGGUUGUCGCUCAUUUGGCCAGUGGCUACUUUUUGGACACUUUGAGGGAGGGUGACGAUCUCAAAUUAGUCUGCGACGUUCAAAGUAACCCGCCACCGUCGCGAGUGAUCUGGUAUCACAAUAACCGACGGCUGGAGCACGAUGUGAGUGCCGGAAUUUUGCUGGCUUCUAACUCGUUGACCCUGCGGGUGCUUACGCUCGCACACGUCGGCGAGUAUUCCUGCAUGGCCGCAAAUGCCGUGGGAGAAACUCACAGCUCGUCGCUUUUUAUUCACAUGAAAUAUGUACCAAGAUGCAGAAAAGGAAACGAGAGGAACGAAAUCACUGUCGCUCGGCAUGAAUCGAUACUGCUCAGGUGCGAAGUGGAAGCACUGCCCGAGGAUGAUGUGCGAUUUUCAUGGACAUACAAUGCCACUAUCGGCGACGUUUUGCCUAUACUAAACUCGAGGAUCGAGAAUAAGGGGCUUAUGAGUGUGCUGGAGUACACACCUGUCGCCGACACCGAUUACGGCACGUUAGCUUGUUGGGCGAUGAACAGUAUUGGACGGCAGAGAACACCCUGUAUAUUCAACAUCGUACCUGCCAAGCCGCCGCAACCACCACUCGAUUGUUCGUUGCAUAACGAGAGCAGCCUGCUCGAGGUUAAUUGCAUCCCCGGAUCGGACGGCGGUUUGCCGCAGCAUUUUUUACUGGAGGUUCGAGGAUCCCUCAGGAAUUCUGGGGUCAGUCAGAUCGGUCCUCACACUCUUCAAACACCUCAGAGCGAUCAGGGAACGGUCGGGGAAUCGCCGUCGAUAUAUCAGGACAUGAAUCAGACCCCGAACUUUCAGCUUCACGAUCUUGAACCAGGAUAUGAUUAUACGGUGUACGUUUAUGCGAUCAAUGGACAUGGCAGGAGCGAACCUGCCCUUCUAGAACAUAUCACAGUUGCGGAACCCAUCGGAAGGCUGGAGAGAAGCGGGAUCUUCUUAGAAGACCUGAAGAAAGCACUACCGCAAGCUAGUUCUGAAAACAUGAUUAUCGCUAUUGCACUGACAGGUACAGGCGCCGCAGCAUUAGUCCUCGUCGGUAUUGGAGUGGUAAUCGGCCUAGCGAUUUGCAGGAAGAGAUCAAACACUACCGUCGUAGAAGGACCGGACGAUUUUACUACGCCCACCUACGUUCCAGCCCAGAGGAUCGAGCCCAGAGUCAGAUACUCAAAUGAGAACAGGCGUUCGCAAAGAGCUAGUCUCUACGUCGAGGAGAACCGAAAUGAGCCAGAUUUACUGCAGCGAGUGGAGCUUGACUUACAACAGGAUUAACUGCACGACUAACUCACUGAUUCUGUACAGCUAGAUAUAAUCGAGAUACGAAGUGCAAUGUAAAAAAGUAGAAUUCCAUAUGUAGAUUAUCUACCGCUUCGACGAUCGCAUAAGUCGGCACGUUCUAAUUUACGUCGCGUCGUAACGCUGCAAACGUCGUGACCAUCGGCUGCAAGAAUAGUAACGCGCGCGAGCAGCCAUUAAGCAUCAAGUCGCUCGUUUAACCCGAAGGGUUUACGGUUGAGUGACACGCGGUGCUCUUUACGAACGAGUCGGCAAAUGCGACCGAUCUUCAUGCGAAUCGAGGCAUUACGAAACAUUCUAUUAGCUAUUUAUAUUUGCUUUACGCGAAACGCUUCGCCGCGCGAUACGGAAGCAUCCGUCCGCGCCCGAAAUUUGUAUUUUAGAUUUGUAUAGAGCCUAGAGUUAAACUAGCGUUAUAAAAUGUACAGCUAUUUUUACAACGUAGGCUAAGGCGCCGUGGAGGAGCUUCCGUAAACUCCCACGUAUUAGCGUAUUAAUACGUCGACUUAAGGCCGUGAUCUUGUGUACCUAUGCCGCGUAGUGGAGACUGCUUCAAAAAAUACUGGCUGGUUUUCGGAUUUAAAUGUAUUUGCGAAUUUCAAUCGCGCGUAUUACAAACUUGAAAUUUGUGUAUUUAACAAACGCAGAUUUGCCUGGUGCACAUAUGCUUAACCAUUCUUAACGCUACGCUGUACUUCGCAAUACGCUACAUUGCUAAAAUUUAUUUAUACUUUAAAUAAGCUUUUUUGAAGCAGUCCGUAGUUCAUAAAUUAUUUGUACAAUCUUUGAUCAAUGUAGAUCACGUUAUUCCAUACGAUUGUGUAAAUACCGUAUUCGUAAUGAUAUCGACAGAAAAUGGAAUUUGUGAAACGAGAUAAUUCGCCAAAUUGUAUCAAUAGCGAUUGAUCAGUAAAAUAAGGAGACUAUCAUACAAAAAAAAUCUAAUGUUCUUUAUCUUACAAUUUCCUUAUAUAUAUAGAUAUAUUACGUUAAAAUAUUCUAGUAUUCUCUUAAUAUUCUUAAUUAUAAUUGUUAUGAAAUCAAUGUAAAAAAGUUCAAAUCGAUUCUUGAUGAAAUCUAUCUCACAAAAUCGCGCGCUAAAUAAGAAAUGAAAUCGCGAUAAUGAUCAUUCUGUAUAAAUCAUAGCAUUCCGUGACCUAACAAAGCGGCGGAACCAUUAAUGUUGAAAUUGCUAAUUGCUACUAAUUUGCCAGUUAUUAACGAUAAUAGAGCUGCUCGGGGUGCGGUUACUGAUUUAAUGAUCCGUUUCAUAAGCGCGUCGAGCAUUAUAAUCGCUCAUGUUGCUAAAUGUAGUACCUUAUCAAUAGGCAAAAGUGUCAGCAUUUAACUCGUCAGGAUUUGAUAAAACACUUCAGUAAAUUAUAGCUAUAAAUCGACAUGUAAACUUUCACAUUUUCCGUAAUUAUGUGAUAUUUUACGAAGUACAAUACAACUCUCGAGCGUCGAUAAAGAAGCGUUUCGCCGCAAAUUUUUAAAGCCAAAGUAAUUACAUAACAUUAAUUCUGUCAAAGUACAAUGAGUUCUUAUAUAAUCAAUAGAAUGGUAAGUCAAUGUUUAAAGAGAUUAAAUAACUUUGUUGCCUGUAUCCUCUGAAAGCUACAAUGUAAUCUGUGUUACCAGUUAUCAGUAUGUAAAAGUAACAGUGAUACUUUUCUCACACAGUUGGGUAUUUGAGAGCGCCACAUGUACGAAAAAACGAAUCUAUCCAUCUUCGUUUAUAUUUAUAUAUUUAGCAUAAUUCCUUUAUUUUCUUAUUUAUCUAAAGAGAUUUAGUUUAAUAUUUAUUCGGUAUUGAUAAGCACGAAAAAUUGGAUGGUUUCGUUUUUGUUCAAAAUUAUAACGUUCAAGUUCUGUUGAUUAUAAUAUCUGAUGUUUUUAUAUUUUAUAAGUGUGCUUUCGUAUUUGUUUUAAAUUAAAAACGAUUGCAACCAAUUCUUACUAGCUGUAUGUUAAUAUUGCGGACAUAUCUAUGUUGGGACAAUGUCGAAUAUGCAUGUUCGCUUUGUGCGUUCACGAGUCGAACACUUUUCCGCGAAUACCAACAAUCCAUUAAUGAAAACUUCAUCAACGUCGGAAUAAUUACCUUGCUGCACGCGACAGCUGUCCCAUUUCCGCAAAUUGCCUGGCAGUGGUUAUGAUUUAGAGCUAUGAAUUAAAUAUCGCGCGACACGUAGAGAAUCACGUUAUAAUCUAUGAGCAAGCUAUAAUCUUUCGCAAGGCGUGCAAAACCCUUCGCUCACGGGUCGUGUAAGAUAUAUCAGCGGAUUGAAUUAUCCAAGAUUUGCGGGUCAGCAUUAAAAUUAUAUGUUUAAUACGUAACGUCUGUUUGUAGCCAUGCCGAUCUAUCGAGAACAAUAUCAUGAGAACGUAUUAAACUCUUGUAAAGAGAAGAUACAACAAAAAUGGUUAAUAAAGUAAUGCCACUUUAAAGACUUGUCGA